CACCAGCUUUCCAUCCACAUAACACUACACAACACACAAAAAACACAUUCAUACAUUCUUCAUUUUCUUUCUUUCUUAAAAUUUUUUUUUUGGCCUCUUUGUAUAGAUCACUAAUUCUUUAGAUGGCUGUUGUUACAAUUCCUCGUGCUUCGGUCUUACCGGCAGCAUCUUUGUCUCCUGUCGUCUCUAGGCUCUCUAUUCGUCGAAAUUCUGUUAACUUGCCGGAUUCAAGUGGUUCUAAAAUCCAGUCAUUUGGUUUGUCUCCCGAGUCGAUGAGUUUGAGGUCCAAAACCGGCCUACGUGGAGCACAAAUUGUCUGCAAGGCUCAAGAAGCAGUCCAAGUUCUUCCAGUGAAUGAUGCACAAUGGCAAUCACUUGUGUUGGACUCUGAUCUUCCUGUACUAGUCGAAUUUUGGGCCCCGUGGUGUGGACCAUGUCGCAUGAUCCACCCUGUCAUAGAUGAACUCGCAAAGGAAUACUCAGGGAAGCUCACUUGUUACAAGGUGAACACAGAUGAGAGCCCUGCAAUAGCAAGCAAGUAUGGGAUCAGAAGCAUCCCAACGGUGAUUAUAUUCAAAGGUGGAGAGAAGAAAGACGCCGUUAUUGGUGCAGUUCCAAAAUCAACAUUGUGUACCUCCAUAGACAAGUUCUGCUUGUAGAGAUAUCAUGUAUAUAUACAAUAUACUAGAUUUGUUUGUAUAUCAUGCGUAUCUACCUUUUGAUAUAUCACAAAGAUGCUUUCAGCACUGUUAAUAAGUUCCGGUAUAGUUGGAUUAAUUCUAAUGUAUUUGCUGAAGUAACUCUUGAAAUUUAAUCUCCAAAGAUCCAAGCUUA